AUGACUAUCGAGCUGGCCCUGCAACUGCCGUCCUCCCGGCGCGCGCGGCUGGGCCUGUAUGCGGCACUCGUCGCAAGCUGGACGGUCAUAAUCGCGCUCCUCCUCUCCGCUCUGGAACACCCCGACGGCGUGUCCGGCGUGGCGCGCUAUGUCGCGGCUGCGGUGCGCCCCAGUAUCGAUGAGGUGACCAAGGCCAAACUCGCACGCCUCGACCAACUGGAGGUGGAGGCCGGCGCGUACGUCGUCUCGCAUGGGCGCUGCGACGCGUCCCUCUCUGCUCAGCUCGAGGAGCUCGACGCACGUUGGGGGCGUACCGCGCUCGACAUGAGCGUCGGGUACGAGGGAAGCGGAUUGCGCGUUCGCCGCGUGGUGCAGAAGCUCCUUGCUGGCCAGCGCGUUUCCAUCACCGUUCUCGGGGGCAGCAUCACUUUCGGGCACAGCAUGGCCGAGGGUGACCGGCCGUGGCCCCUUCUCCUCGCCGAGCAGCUUCGCAGCGCGUUCCCCAACGCCGACAUCUACCUUGAGAAUAAUGCUAUCGGGGCCACGGGCAGCGAUUACUUUGACGCGUGCUACCCACACCAUACCGCCGAAGGGACGGACCUUUUCCUUUUCGAGUUUGCCGUCAACGACGCGAUCAUUGAAAUGGCCGCUGAGCACGUACUCGACACGAUCUGGCAUGCUGAGCACCUCGUCCGCUCCGUGGGUCACACGCAUCCCGACGCCGCAAUUAUCUUCCUCUCCGCAUGGCAGAAGCCACAGCUUUACAUGACGGGCGCGGACGCGCAUGCUACUGUCAGCGAGUAUUACGAUAUCCCACGCGUCAGCAGCCGUACAUUCCUGUAUCGCUACAUGCUGCAGCACCGCGACGAGCUCGGUGACCACUACACCCCGACUGACAACUACUCGCACCAGAACCAGAAGGGACAUCAGUACCUGGCCGACAUCAUGUUCCGCUACAUUCUACACCAGGCGUGCCGCGUGCAGGGCGCCGGCGACUUUGCAGAGGAUCUGGUCCGCGCACCCGUCUCUGAGCCGUUGUCGGGUUUCCGCGGCAGCCAGCUACCCUCGGCGUACGACCCCUGGAGCCUUCCACUGCUUCGUAUCCGCCAGAAGAUUGACGCCCAGGAAACGCUCCCCGAUGCCAAGCCGUUCUGCUCAAGCGUGCGCGUGCGCGUCGCCGACGGCACCAAGCAUGGCACUCCGCAGCUCUUGCCCAGCUUCAACGACGGGUUCGAGCAAUUCGAAUGGAAUGACAAGUGGUUCUGGAAAUCCGAUAAGGCUGGAUCCAAGAUCACGUUCCCCGGCAUCACCGUGGUCGACGGCACUAUCUCGCUGUAUUUCCUCCGCUCGUGGGGUCACGACAUGGGAGAUUUACUGUGCUGGGUUAACGACGACGAGAAGGAUGCCGCACUCCUCACCGGACUGUGGGGAUUUGUCUCCGUUGGUGCGCGCCAACUCGUGAAGCAAGACCUGAAGCCCGGCACGUACAGUCUCACCUGCCGUAGUCAGAAGGCCAAAGGCGAGGAUGGCAAGCCAGGCGGGGCACGCACGCAGAUCAUCGCCGUAAUGGCCACAUGA